CAAGAAGUGAUGCAAAAUAAGAAAUAAAUGGCGCGCUUACCUCUCGAACCGCACGAUUCGGCGGAUUGCUGUAUAUAUAGGCGUUGGUUGUUAAAAAGCCCACCGCUAGCAAAUCCAGACAGACUGCUGUAUUGACGUAGCAGUAGAAGAAAGGAGUUUUCAAUCAUCCCUACUUCUUUUUUGUGGUAUGUUCGUUUGGUUAAUUUCACAAACGGUUUGUAGUCCAUUUGUAAACAUAGUGGUAGACCUAUUCCAAUCCAUUGCAUCUAUCUUUCUUUUGCCCACGUAGAGAGAAAAAGGAGUCCGUUCCGGUAUAAUCUCUGUCACUCACUCACGCUUGUUUAUAGGCCUCGAUUGAUCUUUCUUCUUUUGAGCUUCGUUCUGUUUUCUACCAUCAGUAGAAAUGAGGCACAUGAUGAGAGUAAGAUCUUCUAACUUCUCCGUAUUCUCAAUUUUGCUUCGAAGCCAUUGUGUUAGUUCCAUCUCUUCUUAUGCUGUUGUUAAGCCCAUCACUGCUGCUCUUUUUAAUUUGAGCCCUUCUACCACCAACACUUUUUCAGCUAUGGAACUUCACUUAAAAUUUUUGUCGUCUUCUACUGCUUUUCCAAACUCAAAGUAUGCGCCUUCAAUAGAACCCCAAGAAGAUGCUAUUAGUGAUGGCGAUGAUAACGACAAUGGUGAAGACUAUGAAGAUGAAGAAACACACUUCAAAGAAUUGAGUUUAGAAGAUGAGGGUUUCACCCGAGACACGACCACAAUUGUGGAUAUAUUACGUGAACUGCGAAGCAAUCCGUCUGAGGCAAAAUACAAGCUUCACCAUAGCAGGAUUAGCGCCUCAUCAGAAUUGGUGGUUGGGGUGUUGUCGCGGGUCCGCAACGAUUGGGAAGCAGCAUUCACGUUCUUUCUGUGGGCUGGCAAGCAGCCGGGUUAUACUUAUUCUGUGCGUGAAUACCAUUCCAUGAUCUCUAUUCUUGGGAAAAUGAGGAAGUUCGACACUGCGUGGGCCUUGAUUGAUGAAAUGAAAGGGGUUACCACUGGUCCAUCUCUUGUGACUCCUCAGACUCUCUUGAUCAUGAUUAGGAGAUAUUGUGCUGUACACGACGUGGGGAGGGCUAUAAAUACUUUCUACGCCUUCAAACGGUUUAAGUUUGAAGUUGGGAUCAACGAAUUUCAAGGCUUUCUCUCUGCCCUUUGCCGGUACAAGAAUGUGAAAGAUGCUGAGCACUUGCUCUUCUGCAAUAAGAAUGUGUUCCCCUUUAAUACGAAGAGCUUUAACAUUAUCCUCAAUGGAUGGUGUAAUGUGAUUGUUAGUCCCCGAGAGGGAGAAAGAAUUUGGAGGGAGAUGAGUAAGAGAGGCGUCCAACAUGAUGUUUUCUCGUACGGAAGUCUCAUAUCUUGUUAUUCAAAAGCAUGUAAUCUGAAUAAGGUGCUCAAGCUCUUUAACCGGAUGAAGGAAAUGAACAUUGCACCGGAUAGGAAAGUUUACAACGCUGUCAUUCAUGCUCUUGCAAAAGGUAGGCUUGUCAAAGAAGCUAUCAAUCUCAUGAAAACGGUGGAAGAGAAGGGAGUCACUCCAAACAUUGUCACUUAUAACUCACUGAUCAAGCCUCUUUGUAGGGCCCGGCAAAUAGACGAAGCUAGAGAAGUAUUUGAUAAGAUGUUGAGCCAGGGCCUCUCCCCUACGAUUCGGACUUAUCAUGCCUUCCUCCGUACUUUAAGGACUGGGGAAGAAGUGUUUGUGCUCUUGGAAAAGAUGAAAAAGAUGGGCUGCCACCCAAACACUGAUACCUACAUAAUGUUGAUUAGGAAAUUUUGUAGAUGGCGCCAGCUUGAUAAUGUCUUCAAGUUGUGGAGCGAGAUGAGUCAGAAUGGAGUCAACCCUGAUCGAAGCUCAUAUAUUGUGCUCAUACAUGGGCUAUUUUUGAACGGAAAGUUGGAGGAGGCACAUAAAUAUUAUAUAGAGAUGAAAGAGAAACAGUUAAUGCCAGAACCAAAGACAGAAAAGAUGCUUCAGGCUUGGCUGUCUGGUAAGUAUACAUCAGAGUGUCAGAUGACCGAUUUAGAGUGCAAUCAAUUAAAUUAUAGUGAAUCAGGCAAGAAUAGCAGAGUCAUAUCCAGGAGAGUUGAUCAGGUAAGGGAUUUUUGCCGCCAACCUGAAACUAGAAGAGUUGUAAGAGACCGGGGCUUUUCUUUUUGGGACCAGUAGGUUCUCAUGUAAUGAGAGAGAAGUGUCAACAGUUUGAGGUUUGUCUAUAAACAUGACUGGGCAGUUACCAACCUCCAGCAUUGAGUUGCCCAAGGAAUUCAUGCAGAUCGUAACUUAUGUGGAUUCUAGAGGGUGUUUGGCUGAUUGGAGCUUUACUUCUGUUCAUGGACUUCGUUAACUUUAGUUUAAUCAGCUACUGCCCUGGUCAAGGUAGCAUUUAAAGUUGAGCACCGAGUUUACGGAGUUUUGUAGUUUCUUAGCCCGUGAGCUCAUGCCAUUAUGUCUGAUGAUCAUAAUGCUUCUAGGGAUUUGAUUUAUACACAACACCAUCACAACAACCUCUCACAUGAGGGUGGACCCCACACACUGAGGCCCACCCUCAUGUGAGGGGUUGUUGUGUGGUUGUUGUAUUGGUAUUGUAAAUUUAACAUUUUUCAUGCUUCUAUUGCUGCAAUUUGUUUUGGGCUACGUUGUUGUCACUAGAUACGUGUUGACGAAUCUCAUGCUUAGCAAUAUUUGUGGCUGGAAUUUAGUUCAAGGUAUUAAAUUAUUUUCAGAACAUUUUUGAAAUGUUUGAGAAGCAUAAAAAAGGGUUAAAAAAAAAUUAGAAAAACACACAAUGAACGUAGUUAGAAAUGUGUCACGUCAGCUCUGGGGAUAAAAGAAUGUCCUUGCAUCCGUUUGUUUGUGUGUAUGAGUUGACUGUAGUGUAGAUCAAUAAAUU